AUGGGUAAAAAUAGCAUGUGGGCUCUUAACUACAUAGUCGUCAUAGUAGGAGUAGUCGCGGUUGGCUUAGCACAAGUGACAUCAUCUCAUGCAGAAAAAGAAGCAACAGCUGCUGAUAACAUGAACACGGCACACACCCUCUGUGGCAUGGGCGGUGGAGCUUAUGGAGGAGGAGGAGGAGGCGGCGGCGGCGGCUGCUUAGGUGGACCAGGUGAUGGUGGAAGAGGAGGAGGAGGAGGAGGAGGUGAUGGUCGGCGGCAGCUUUGGCAAUGGGGGUGGACCCGGUGGUGGUGGAGGAGGUGGUGGAUGGAACGGUGGAAGCAACUGUGCGGGAGGAAUGGGAGGAGGGCCAUUCGUGUGCUACCCAUCAAAUUGUCUCACUUGCCAUUCACAAAGCUUCAUUCUUACAACAGCACUCAAUUCGGGUCAGAACCAAAUCACAACUCCUCCUGA